AUGAUUUCGGCACAGCUACGCAAUAAAGCAAAUGAGUUUUUAAACUCAAGAAAACAUGCUAAUAAUCUCGCUGAUAUCUUGCAAAUGUUCGAGGCCGAAACCGAGAACUAUACGCCACUGCUGCUUACCAUUGAAGUAAUCUUUACGGAGUUGCUGAAAAGGGGAGAUUUAAUUCAACAUAUCGUCCCCUUAAAACCAAUAGAUCAAAGUCCUGAAGCAGAAUACACUAGGUGGCUAUGCGAGUGUUAUGAGGCAGCGGUCAACAGAGCACUAGAAUGUAUAAGGAGAGGCCGCACCAGUUCUCGCCUCCAAGCUCUUGUGACAGCUUGCAAACUAAUGCAGGCAGAAGGCAAACAUCCUCUCGAAACUUCUUCUGGAUAUUACUUCCCAUCUGUUAGACUUAAAAAUAUAUUUACAGUGCUACUGGACUCUGAAACUCCAAUGACGGCACCUAUCACACGUUUCCAAGAGUUUACAGAGUACAGGGAUGUGCAACAGCAUGGUCUUAAAGUACUAGCUGCACUCGCUUAUCGCAAAUCACCUUCUCCCACAUACAUGCAAAAUUUCCUAGAAUUGUUGGACAAACUGUUGGCUACAGAAAUACCCACUGAAAAUAAACCUAAAGCCAAAGAGAGAGACAAUGCUGAUAAGGAGAUGAAAGUGCUAUGUGCUGCUGAAGGUAAACCAAACUUCUCCUACAACAACGCUGUGUGCCGUCGCUACGCUAAUAGGUGCUGGGGCUUCGCGUGCCAGUGGCCCCUCUGUGAGGACUCGCGCACUCACCGCCGGGCGCUGCUGCUGUUGGUGGAGAGAUUGAUGCCUCUUCUGAACAGACCACACCUGGCUACGGAUAUGCUGUGUGACAGUCUUGAUGCAGGUGGACCUAUAAGCAUGCUAGCCCUCCAAGGCGUGCUGGAGCUGGUGCGACACCACAACAUCGACUACCCGGACAUGUACGACCGCCUCUAUGCCAUGUUCGAGCCAGAAAUGUUCGCCACUAGAUAUAAGAAACGCCUCAUGCACCUUGCUGAUAUAUUUCUUAGCUCUACACAUUUACCAGAAAGUCUUGUGGCGGCGUUCGCAAAGCGUCUGUCUCGGCUCGCGCUCGUGGCGUCUCCGGAGGACACAAAAGGCUUACUGCAGCUGGUCGCUAAUUUACUGCUGAGGCACCCCGCUCUGAAGCGCAUGAUCUGCUGCGAAGACACACCUGCUAUAAUGUCCAACGACCCGUACGUGAUGGAGGAGUCGUCUCCGUCGAGAGCGCGCGCGCUGGGCUCGUCGCUGUGGGAGGUGCGCGCGCUGGCGCGGCACUGGGAGCCCGCCGUGUGCGCCGCCGCCGCGCACGCGCUCGCCGCCGCCGACGCCAGCGCCGCGCCCGUCUGGCUGCCGGACGACGCUUCUUUCGAUGCAGAACUAAAGAAAAGGUUCAAAACAAUAGAACUGAACUUCAUCCGGCCACAGAGCAUGGCGUUGCCGGCCGGCGAGCGGCUGCUGCCGUACUGGGAGCUGAUGGCU